UACACUCCGCUUUGCGGAUCAUAGACAAGCUGGGUGUGUGAGAAAUAGUUAAGUCUACACACAUAUCCAAUCUAGUUUCUGCCAUAUUGCUUUCACCUAUUUAGUCUGAUCAUUUCGAGUGAAAGGGUGUUGAGCGAGGAUGCAAGGGAGGAAGCAUAGUUUGGAAUGAAAUAUAACCAGUGUGCUGCGAAAAGCACCCAAACUUCAGCGCACGUAAACACCGCAAACAUUAAUUCAAUGUACAAUAGAAUGCUGGCGAAAGAUGGAAGUUCCGUUAUUUUGAUGUCUUUCUUGACGACGAGGUAAUAGCUCUUAUUUUUCGAACCACUUAUUUUUCAACAUAACUUACAGUUUGCCGAAAUCAUAUUGAUCAUUAGGCCUACCAGUAUAACGUUUUUAGACUUGAAAUAGUACAAGACUUUGAAUGUUCACUCUCAUCUCUAUGCUUAUGGCUAUGGUGCUGAUGGCAUAGUGGUGUGAGUAAUGGCAUGGCCCAGAGUCCCAUGCCUCCUGCUGAUCCUGCUGCUCCUACAACACACCUGCUUACCUCAACCAGGCCCUCCAUCUCCUCCCUCCGCUCCCCAGUGUCACAUCCCCUAUACGGAGGGACGACAGGCAGAUAUCCACUGUUUCUGGGAUCCAGGACAGGACCCACAGAUCCCCACCUCCUACAGCCUGCACUGGAAUUCUACAGAGGGCAUUAGCAGCGCGGUGGAGGGCACCAAUGUGAGUGGCGUGAUCCCUCGUGAAUUUUACACCAGUUACAGUGACCUGACAGUGUUGGUCAAAGCUGCGAACCAUCAUGGCUCUGCCACGUCUACAAUGGCUGCCUUCAACACUGGCGAUAUCAAAAAGCCACCCACCCCUGAAAUCACUCACCAUUGCUCUCAGCCUCUGGAGAUCUACUGGAUUUUGCAGUGUGAUGAUCAAGGCAGCUCUGACCAACUCUGUGAGGUCCAGUAUCGCACCCAGGACCAGCAGGGCUGGACUCAGGAAGAGGACAUUCUACGCAGCUUCCUGCUCCUGACUCCACGGCCCUACACUGUUUAUGAGUUCCAGGUGCGCUGUGCCUGUGAGGGCCCUCAGGCCCUGAUGAGUGACUGGAGCUCAGUCUACACAGCACAGAGUUCUGAGUCAGCGCCUGUGAAAGCAUUGGAUGUGUGGAGUGACUGUGGAGUCACCUCUGAGCUUUCUCAAUGUGCCCUUAUGUGGAAGGAGAUGCCCAGCUGGUUGGCUCAGGGGAAGGUGCUGGGGUACGUGGUGACAUUAUCACACAGUAACGGGACAGUGGCGGUUGUGAACGUGUCCAUGUCAGAGCCUGGUGGCCUUUGUGUCUGUCAAGAGAAGAGAUGCAGCUUUACACCCUCUCUGCGGGGUGUAUCAGGGGUGGAUGUGUCCGUCUACAAUUCCCAGGGUGCCACCAAACCUGCUUCCCUAGCUCUACCGACAUCAGGUCUACAGGUGCCAGAGCUAUCCUUCACUGUGAACCAGGAUAUAUUGAGCCUCAAUGUAUCCUGGUCUCUGCCACCCCAGCCUAUUGAAAACAUGCAUGAGUAUGUGGUGCAGUACAAGCAGGUGGGACUUCCUCCGACACAGGGCUUUGAUUGGAUAAAAGUGCACCAAAAUCAUACGUCAAUCAUUUUAAGAGGUGAUUUUGUGAACUACACUGCCUACAAUGUGUCAUUGUUUGCAGUGUUCAUCAACAGUAGCUGCCUGCUUGCGUCUGCAAUCUCGUAUUCUCUUCAUGGACUCCCACCCAAAGUGACUGAGUUCAAGGCCCAGUACAUCUCUGACUCUCAUGUGACUUUGUCCUGGCAACACGUCUCCCUGACCCAGAGUACGGGGCUCAUACUGCGCUAUCAGCUGGUAUUAAACAAAUUUACAGUGUGCAACGUGAGUGGGGACCAGAACAGCUUCCAUCUGUUAGGACUUACAUCGGGUCACCACCAGGUUUGGAUCAGGGCUGAGACUAAGGCUGGACUGGGACCCAGUGAAACCAUCAUCUUCUCUACUGAGAACAGCCAUGGUUACCUCAAAUAUCUGGUGCCAGGAAUAAUAGCAGGGAUGUUGCUAUUUAUCAUCAUAAUUAUACAAAUGAAGACUUGUGUGAAAGUGCCUGACCCCAGCAACAGCAAACUGCUCCAACAGAUGAAGUUGCAGUUUAACAGCUCCUCGACGGCGAUCUUCUCUCCUCUGGAGUCUAACCCAAAGAUCUCUGAGCUGGAGGUGGUGGAAAAGCCUUUCUGGGAUGCCAAUGCCUGUUCUAGAAAUAGGUCCAGCCCUAAUGGACAGACAGAGGGGGUGGUGGGAGAGGAGCGCACCCACAUAAGGACUGACGAAGAGGCGGAAAAGGAGGAGGAUGCUGACGAGGGUUACAGUAUAAUUAUUGAUACUGACGAGGAGGAGAGGGACGGGGGAGAGUCCGGGAGCUUGUUGGAGGACGAUCAGUUUGUUUCGGACUAUGAGAAGCAUUUCAUGCCUGUGGAUGUAUGACCCUACUGUCUGUCUGGUGUGGUGCUACCGAUCAACUGUUUUGGUGUGUGUAUGAUCUCCUCAUAGCAAAGACAAGACAGCCAUUGUUCAGUCGGAACCUCAAGGGCCAAACACCUCAAUUGUGGGAUAUUGUGCUUGUUGAUCUAGAUGCAGAUCACUGAUUCAUGGGAAAGGGUUGCCCUAAUAACAACACGAGUGCGCAAGUUGAAAUACGCCAAUCGUCUUGUUUUCAAGGAAAGGAAAAGGGAUGUAGUCGACCGUUUGCUUUCCAUGCUCCAACUACAAGGAAUGUUGUUUGGGAACAGUAAACUUUUUUACAGCAAAUGUAUACCUGUGUGAAAAACCAUGUUGCCUACAGUGUACACUGUCAUGACGUGGCCCUCUUUGGAUAUAGCAAGCACCACCUCUCUCUUCCCCCUACACCAAGGCUCUGUUAUCUCAGGUCAUAAAUUCCUGGAGGAGACUCUCUUCCCCCCCGGCCAUGCAGUAUAGAGAGAGGGUUCACAGUAGAACAAAGGAACUUCUUCUACCUCACAGAACUUGAGAACUGAACAAUAUCCAUGUUCUGGAGAAUGUGUAAACGGUCGGUGGAGAAUCCAGCUACUACCGGUCCAUUUUGUCUAAUGUUUGUGACAUCAUGAGAGACAAUACAGCCACAUUACCAUAACUCUGUUUAUACAAGAGUCUCCGUUGUGAGGCUUGCAUCUAAUUAUUGUAUAAAAUGAAUGAGUAAAGAUUAAACUAUUUGUGAAAUUAUGUAAUGUGAUUUUAAAAUGUUUAAUGAAAGAGAAUCCAAUUCCCUUUCAAAUGUAACUGUCAUUGGCCCGCCACAUGAGCACAGACAUUGAUCUGGCGUCAUGGGACAGACCUUUUUGCUGUACCGAAUAUAAACCCCAUCUGGAGAAGCCCACUGCAGACCAUGCGUAACCUCGAUUACCGAGAGGGCUGAGGUUUGAGUAGAGACCAUGCGUACCUCGAUUACCGAGAUGGCUGAGGUUUGAGUAGAGAAUAGACAGUGUACACUGUAGGCAACAUGGUUUUUCACACAAGUAUACAUUUGCUGUAAAAAAAAGUUUACUGUUCCCAAACAACAUUUCUUGUAGUUGCAUUCCUCGGUUGUUGAAUUCCUAACCAAACCACAUGGAGCAUUGGCUACAGUGGUGGAAAUGGUUAAACUCAGACUAUCGAUAUCGACAGAAUAAGAGCAAAUCUUCGAUACUAAUUACUCGUCUGCAGUCUGCAGCUAGAAUUUAUGUUGACUGAAUGCGAAGACCGACAACCGCCGAAACAUCUAUUCUAUAAGAACAUUUCUGAAUGGGACUCUGAAGUAUCCAUUCAAACCACGAAAGACUCCAGGGACGUAAAGAGAAGUUCAGAUGAACUUUCCAACAGAAAGACCGACGAUUCCAACAGAAAUCAUGACGACACACUGAGCGUAAAUAUAUAUAUUGAUUGCAAUUAUUCCAGAAUCAGUGAGCGUUCAUGUGCAAAGGAUUAUCAUUUCAAUUAUUAUAAUUAUCAACUGUGUAGUGUCUUUUAUCUUUCGCGCCCUUCUCAGUCCCUUUGUCUACCAAGCGUCAUAUCGGUUUAGCCCACUAGAGCACAUCCCCUAUCACUUCCUUGUAACCGUAUCUACUGUUUGUUAUGCAUUUCUGUGAUUAUUUAGUUAGUUAGUAAAUAAAUGAUUAAGACAGUU